CGUCAGUUCUCCGUUCCACCUUCAAUAGUUAACACCUAAAUUUUCGGUUCCUUUGGAUUCCGGUUGGGAACUAUAUCUUAAAAAAACAAAAUCAUGUACAUGUACGUCAACCCGAAUUACGUUUUGGUUGGGGGCCCCUGCUGUGGUCCCUGCGGCGGAUGCGGACCCUGUGGUGGAUGCGGCCCCUGUUGUGGUGGGUGUGGCCCCUGCUGUGGUCCUUGCGGAGGAUGUGGACCUUGCUGCGGCGGCACCAGCAGUUUUUGCGGUUGCGGUCCUUGCUGCUAAGCCAGUUGACCCGGAAACCUGUCGGAAUACUUGAGGGAACUAUGUAAAUCUCAAAAAAUAAACUGUGUUUGUUUUUUAUUGAAAUUA